CUAAGCUCAGACAGACCACAGAGCACAAAUAUUCAUAACUGAGGUUAGAACCUCCUAACCUCUUGAUAAUCGCUUGAUUUUCUUGGAUAAUUUAUAACAUGAAUCAAGCCGAUGUUUCUAAAUUAGUUUCUAGAUUAAAAACGAAGGUAAAUCCUCGUCUCAGAAAAUUUCGAAAUCCUAAUGGUCCCGAGGGUAGAUUACAUAAACUCAGAAAAACAGUCACUGCAUUAUUCAAAUAUGAAAGGAUAGAGCUGAAUUAUCCCAGGGCAGAUGAGGCUCGAAUGUAUGCUGAGAGACUGAUUUCGGAAGCUCUGCGCCAUGGGGACUGUCAUAAAACCACAAUGGAAUUGGCUGAUUAUUGGCUAAUCGAAAAACAGUUGGUUCACAAAUUGUUCAAAGUAUUUGUUCCCAGGUACCAGGACUAUAAUAUAUCAUACACAAAAUUAUACAGAGCACCCAGGCCGCCUUAUCCUAUGGAUCAGCAUCCCAAAGCUGUCUUGGAAUUGAGAGGUCAUCCAUAUCCAACAUUAUUACCUGAUAACAGUUCAAAUAAAAACUUAUUACACAAUGUACUUCUAGAAGAAGCAAAGAAAGCGUAUAGAGCUAAAAAGUAUGCUGAAAUUGCAGCUAAAAUUGAUUCUGUUGAGAAAAAACUAGAAAGUGUUAGUUUAGAAUCAGAUAAUGCAAAAGUUGUCAAUACAGUAGAAACUCCAAAUUAAUUUGAGUUUAAUGUCUGUUUUAAGCCUAUUUGAGAUCUCUCAGAAUUGAGAUGUUUUCAGUUAUGGAAGGUCUAUAUAACACAUUUAUCAUAGUCUAUCUAUCAAUUUAUAUAGCGAAUAUUGAAAAAGAGACAGAUCAAUUUCAA